AUGGAUCUGCUGUCUCUAGAACUGAAUAUCUGCAACAGCUCUGAACCUGAAGUCCCUCUGACUUCCACCAAGUGGCCAUGACUGCAGAGCAUUUCUUAUACCAGCAUCAUCAUGCCCUCUGUGUUUGGCAUCAUCUGUCUCUUUGGCAUUGCUGGCAACUCUAUGGUCAUCUUUACAGUGGUGAAGAAAUCCAAGUUCCAUGGGUGCCACAAUGUCCCAGACAUCUUCAUCAUCAAUCUCUCGGUAGUGGACCUCCUUUUCCUCUUGGGCAUGCCAUUCAUGAUCCACCAACUCAUGGGCAAUGGAAUCUGGCACUUUGGUGAGACCAUGUGCGCACUCAUCACUGCCAUGGAUGCCAACAGCCAGUUCACCAGCACUUAUAUUCUUACUGCUAUGUCCAUAGACCGAUAUUUGGCCACGGUUCACCCCAUUUCCUCUUCAAGAUUCAGGAAGCCCUUUGUCACUACCUUGGUGAUCUGCCUCCUCUGGGGAUUCUCAUUCAUCAGCAUUACUCCAGUAUGGCUCUAUGCCAGGCUCAUUCCAUUCCCUGGUGCUACUGUGGGCUGUGGCAUCUGCCUCCCCAAUCCAGAGACUGACCGGUACUGGUUCACUUUGUACCAAUUCUUCCUGGCCUUCGCUCUUCCCUUUGUAGUUAUUGUUGCCGCAUAUGCACAGAUACUUCGACACAUGAAGUUCUCUGUAGCCCCGGCUAGCCAAUGCAGUGUCCGGCUGAGGUUGAGAAGAGUGAGACAGAUUGCCAUUGCUAUAUGCCUGGUCUUCUUUAUCUGUUGGUCACCAUAUCACUUGCUACAGUUGAUACAGCUGUCUAUCAGUCACCCAAGUCUUAUCUUCUAUUACACAUAUAAUGCAGCCAUCAGCCUAGGCUAUGCGAACAGUUGCCUCAACCCCUUUGUGUACAUUGGGCUGUGUGAAACUUUUCGCAAAUACCCGGUUCUCUCUGUCACUCCAAUGGCACAGGAGUAGCACAAGUUCAUUCUGCCAUUACCAGAUAGCUGAUACCUGACCUAAAAGGGAUAGAGAAUAUGGGGAUGGGCACCUUAAGUCCAGAAAGACUUUGAACAGCUAGAGAAUAUUCCAAGAACACCAACAACAAAAAGAUGAAGAGCUUGAUGCACAAGAAAAGAUUAAAAUAAUUAAAUAUAAAACUUGAUUGAACAACAACUACAGAGGGGAAGAGGAUGACUACCUAGAAAAUUGAAGGAUGUAAACACCAUGGAA